AUGUAUGUGAGUUAUCUUUUGGAUAAAGAAACCAGCAUGUAUCCAGGAUCUGCAAGGUGCAGCAGCAACAACCUGCCAGUGCAAAACUUUGUGUCUACUCCACCCUAUUCAGAUUACAUGGGAUAUCAUCAUGUGCCAACCCUGGACACCCAUGGACAGCCUGCGGGAACCUGGGGAUCUCACUAUGGCCCACAGAGGGAGGACUGGAACGCUUAUGGCCCAGGACCUUCCAGCACGGUUGCUGCUGCACAGAUCAAUGGCUCAUCUCCUGGGCAGGUCUCCUACAGUUCUGCUGAUUACAGCUCCCUCCAUCCUGCUGGAUCUGGGGGGUUACCUCCUGUAGAUACAAUUAAUACACAGCAAAUCUCUCCCAACAGCCAAAGGCACAGCUCUUACGAAUGGAUGAGGAAAACGGUGCAAUCUACUUCUACAGGUAAAACAAGAACAAGAGAGAAGUACCGAGUGGUUUACACAGAUCAUCAGAGAUUAGAAUUAGAGAAGGAAUUUCAUUACAACAGAUACAUUACAAUCAGGAGGAAGUCUGAACUUGCUGCAAACCUAAGACUUUCCGAGAGACAGGUGAAAAUCUGGUUCCAGAAUCGCAGAGCCAAAGAAAGAAAAUUAAUGAAGAAGAAAAUGACUCAUUUUGAUGGCAGCAAUCUUGGCUCUAUGCAGAGUGACUCUGGCUCAGUGAGCCCGAUGCCAGUUCCUGACCAACAGACUCAUUCAGAAAUGCCCAGUUCUUUAUUCCCACCUCCACCUCCUCCACCUCCACUUCCCAUGAAUGGUUUGCAGCACAACGGGAACCUGCAGCAGGUAGUGGCCUCUCAGUAA